AUGGGGUCCUGCAGUGAGCUAAACUUCAGCAUCGGCCGCCCCCAGGCCAACCGGAAUCCGGGGGCCAACCGGAAUCCGGGGGCCAACCGGACUCCGGGGGCCAACCGGAAUCCGGGGGCCAACCGGACUCCGGGGGCCAACCGGACUCCGGGGGCCAACCGGACUCCGGGGGCCAACCGGACUCCGGGGGCCAACCGGACUCCGGGGGCCAACCUCCGGGGGCCAACCGGACUCCGGGGGCCAACCGGAAUCCGGGGGCCAACCGGAAUCCGGGGGCCAACCGGAAUCCGGGGGCCAACCGGACUCCGGGGGCCAACCGGACCGGGGGCCAACCUCCGGGGGCCAACCGGACUCCGGGGGCCAACCGGACUCCGGGGGCCAACCGGACUCCGGGGGCCAACCGGAAUCCGGGGGCCAACCGGACUCCGGGGGCCAACCGGAAUCUCCGGGGGCCAACCGGAAUCCGGGGGCCAACCGGGCUCCGGGGGCCAACCGGGCUCCGGGGGCCAACCGGGCUCCGGGGGCCAACCGGGCUCCGGGGGCCAACCGGGCUCCGGGGGCCAACCGGGCUCCGGGGGCCAACCGGGCUCCGGGGGCCAACCGGAAUCCGGGGGCCAACCGGACUCCGGGGGCCAACCGGAAUCCGGGGCCAACCGGAAUCCGGGGGCCAACCGGACUCCGGGGGCCAACCGGACUCCGGGGGCCAACCGGACUCCGGGGGCCAACCGGAAUCCGGGGGCCAACCGGAAUCCGGGGGCCAACCGGACUCCGGGGGCCAACCGGACUCCGGGGGCCAACCGGACGCCGGUGGCCAACUGGGCGUCCAGCCCUUCAGAUGUAGGGUUUCACACCCGGCCCUUCAGGUCUGGGGUCUGUGUCCUGGUGGAGGACAGCUCGUCUGGGCCCGACGAUACACUCGUCCUGGUGGAGGACAGCUCGUCUGUACCCGACGAUUCACUCGUCCUGGUAGAGGACAGCUCGUCUGUACCCGACGAUACACUCGUCCUGGUAGAGGACAGCUCGUCUGUACCCGACGAUUCACUCGUCCUGGUAGAGGACAGCUCGUCUGUACCCGACGAUACACUCGUCCUGGUAGAGGACAGCUCGUCUGUACCCGACGAUUCACUCGUCCUGGUAGAGGACAGCUCGUCUGUACCCGACGAUUCACUCGUCCUGGUAGAGGACAGCUCGUCUGUACCCGACGAUACACUCGUCCUGGUAGAGGACAGCUCGUCUGGACCCGACGAUACACUCGUCCUGGUGGAGGACAGCUCGUCUGGGGCCAACGAUACACUGGUCCCGGUAGAGGACAGCUCGUCUGGGGCCAACGAUACACUCGUCCCGGUAGAGGACAGCUCGUCUGGGCCCAACGAUACACUCGUCCCGGUAGAGGACAGCUCGUCUGUACCCGACGAUACACUCGUCCUGGUGGAGGACAGCUCGUCUGGGCCCAACGACACACUCGUCCCGGUAGAGGACAGCUCGUCUGGGUCCAACGAUACACUCGUCCCGGUAGAGGACAGCUCGUCUGGGCCCAACGAUACAAUCGUCCCCGUAGAGGACAGCACGUCUGGGCUCGACGAUACCCUCAUCAGGGCGGAGGACACCUCACGAUAG